AUGUCUGGCAAAUUUCCCACAGCGAAUCCUACAGCCUCUUUUUGGCUCUCCGAACCCCAUGAGUUACACGCAUAUCGUUCUUCGGACACAACACCCGAUGGGUGCGAUAUCGCCAUAAUCGGCACCGGAAUGGCAGGCGUAGCGUCUGCCUAUCACAUCCUGACCAAGUGUGCAGCGGAGCACCAGAGGCCCAGCAUUGUUCUCUUUGAGGCACGCCAGGCAUGCUCGGGCGCCACGGGCAGGAAUGGUGGACACAACAAGAAUCUUCUGACCUUCAUCAAAACUAUAUAUGAUAAGCACGGCCCAGCUGUAGGCGAGGAAUUUGUCGAGUUGAUGGGCGCGCAGCGGAGAGCCAUCAAGGCAACGGUUGAGACGGAGGACAUUGAAUGCGAACUACUCGUGAGGAGGUCGUUCGACGCUUAUUUUGAUCCCGUGCAGGCAGAGACGAUGAAAAGAUGGCUCUACGGCCUGCGCCACAAUGGCGUUUUGUGGACGCAGGACAUGCAAUGGCUCGAGGGCCCAAACCUGGAAAGGAUCACGGGCGUUAAAAAUCUAGCAGCAGCAGCCUGUGGUCCUGCCAUCUCCUUGUGGCCGUAUAAAUUUGUCACCUCACUACUGGCACGUGUGGUCGGGAUGGGUGCACUCCUCUACACGGAGACUCCUGUAGAGGUGGUCAAAACAAACGGUGACGAAUCUGUGACGAUCAUUACACCACGGGGCAAGACGAACGCUAAGAAGGUCGUCUAUGCGGCCAACGGCUAUACUUCUUCUCUGCUUCCGCAAUACCAAGGGGUUAUCGUCCCCAAUAAAGGACAGAACUCUAUCCUGAAGCCCUCGGCGAAAAGUCAUCAUGGUCUCAACCUAGCACAUACCUAUAAUCUCGUCUACAGCCCGACCGCCGUCGACUAUCUCGUUCCUCGGCCGGAUGGAAACCUCAUUCUUGGAGGCGCCCUUAACAAAUACUGCAUUAACGCGCAGGACAUGAACACGAAGUGGUUCGACACGGUCGAUGAUACAACUUUGAUCGACGAAAGCGUAAAAUCUUAUUUUGAUCAUACAAUGGCCAAGCACUUCCGUGGUUGGGAGGAUAGCGAAGCCAACGUUGCGAUGACCUGGACCGGAAUUAUGGCUGCGACGCCGGAUAGUCUACCACACGCUGGUCUGGUGCCUGGCACCAAAAACCAGUGGAUUAUUGCUGGCUUCAAUGGAGCCGGCAUGACAAUGAUCUUUACUACGACGGCAGGACUUGCUGACAUGGUUCAAAACGAUAAAACUCUGGAGGAAACCAGCAUACUCACUGCUUUCAAGACAACAGAAGAGAGACUUACAGUCAGGUUUCCCUGA